AUGAAGAUAAUGGGAUGGAGACCAGCGCGUUCUCUUAUGUUUGCCGCUUGGGAUGCUGAAGAGUACGGUCUAGUUGGUUCUACAGAAUUCGUUGAAGAAUUUGCGGAAAUACUGUCAAGACGUGCUGUAGCUUAUUUAAACAUGGACUGUCUCAAAGGCAAUCAAACAAUUUACGUGCAGAGCUCUCCGUCACUACAGGACCAAGCAGUUGCCGCUGCUAAAAAUGUUCGGAAUCCCCGGAAAGACGAAAUUGCUGCGAAUCGAUCAACAGUUUACGAUACAUGGUUGUAUAAUAUGAAUGAUCCUGAGUAUCCUGGAAUUCCUGAUAUAGCCAUUCCUAUGGGAGGAUCGGAUCAGAAAGCGUUUUUGGAUUACUUAGGAAAUUUUGAACGCUGUUUCGUAAAUCCCCGAGGGAUUCCUGAUGAUCCUGCAGCACGACAUGUACUGUUCUCAGUAAGUAAGACUGACAGCUACACGGGUACGGUCAUGCAACAAGUGUAUAAAGUUAUAGACGACAUGGUAGAUGCUUCAGUCGAUGAACUGCCUGUGCUAAGUGAUGAGCUCGCUAAUCAGAUAUCAAUCGUACAUAAUUCAUUGUUAUGCGCGUUGAACGUAUUUUCUGGUCACAUAUAA